GAGGUGUCGAGUUCACUGUCAAACGUGGCAGCUUUCUCGGUCUCCAAGCAAUCUCUCUCUCUGGUUUCCGUUUCACUGGAGCAGUACCACAAACACUUGCGGUGCAUCCUGCAAAUCUAUAAAAUCUGUGAUGGCUUCGUGAGCUUUUGCUCCACUGUAUUUUCCCCGCCGAUGAGGAAUGUCUUUGCCGCGCUCAAGCGCCACCGCCAUGUCACUCUGCUAACCCAAACUUUACGCCAUGACAGAAACGUGGAGACCGUAAUACGAAAAUGCAUACCAUUGGGUUACAAUAACUAUGUUGAAAUUAGAUGGAAGCAAGAAAAAUUGUUUCCGCAUCAAUUGUUACAACGGAAUUCUAUUUCCACCAGUGUGCAUGGUGAAAUGGCAUCUGCAGAGUAUGCAAAGUUGAGGAAGGAAUCACUAGAGAGUGAAUUCGGGCACGCUCUUGAUGCAGGCUCCAAAAGUAUUUCUGUUGUCUACCGUUUUGGUCCGUUUUUGGCAUUGUAUAGAGCUGCAAUUAUUUCAUUUCAUGUGGUGAAGCUCACAAUCUGGCAAUUCUUUGUCCAUGACAUAAAGAAACGCGCCGUCAAGUUUCGUGAAACUCUAAUUCGCUUGGGACCUUUCUACAUCAAGCUCGGGCAGGCUUUGAGCACCAGACCAGACAUACUGCCAACUAUAUACUGCCAAGAGCUUGUUAAGUUACAGGAUCAAAUACCACCAUUUCCAACACGUGUUGCAAUUAAAUCUAUUGAAUCUCAGCUAGGUGCCCCCAUUUCAAAACUUUUUGCCGACAUCAGCCCAGAGCCUAUUGCAGCAGCAUCCCUAGGGCAGGUCUAUAAAGCUCACUUGCACUCUGGGGAGCUGGUAGCAGUUAAAGUACAAAGGCCGGGUAUGUCACUUGUAUUGACCCUUGACGCCUUGUUGUUCAGUAUGAUUGGGGGACAGUUAAAGCGUUUUGCCAAUGCCCGCAAAGAUCUACUAGUGGCCGUGAAUGAGAUGGUGAGGCAUAUGUUUGAUGAAAUUGAUUACAUCCAAGAGGCAAAGAAUGCUGACCGUUUUGCCUCUCUCUAUGGUUCAGACCCAAGUGACGGGAAAAAGACCGGUCCAAAGCCUACAGCUGGAAAAAGUCUUAAACAUAAUGAGGCGAACUGUAUAAAAGUUCCAAAAAUAUAUUGGGAUUUUACCCGUAGGGGUGUGCUUACAAUGGAGUGGAUUGAUGGAAUUAAGCUUACAGAUGAAAUUGGCCUAGAGAGGGCUGGUUUGAACAGAAAAGGAUUAAUUGACCAGGGAUUAUACUGCUCUUUGAGACAAUUGCUUGAGGUGGGAUUUUUCCAUGCUGACCCACAUCCGGGUAACCUUGUCGCUACUGAUACUGGUGCUCUUGCAUAUUUUGAUUUUGGAAUGAUGGGUGAAAUUCCUCGACAUUAUCGUGUGGGACUUAUUCAAGUGCUUGUGCAUUUUGUUAAUCGAGACUCCCUGGGUUUGGCAAAUGACUUUCUUUCAUUGGGAUUCCUUCCUGAAGUGGUUGAUAUACAAUUAGUUUCGGAUGCAUUGCAAGCAUCCUUUAGCGACCGGACUAGACAGUCUCAAGAUUUCCAGGGAGUAAUGGACCAACUCUACGAUGUUAUGUACGAAUUUAACUUCUCUCUUCCUCCGGACUAUGCCCUGGUAAUAAGAGCACUGGGAUCACUAGAAGGCACAGCCAAGGUCCUUGAUCCUAAUUUUAAAGUUAUUGAGAGCUCAUAUCCUUUUGUGAUUGGAAGACUUCUGGCUGACCCAAAUCCUGAUAUGAGAAGAAUUUUAAGACAACUUCUUAUACGCAACGAUGGAUCGAUAAGGUGGAAUAGGCUAGAACGCCUGAUUGCAGCAAUAUCUGAACAGGCUUCUGAGAGUGCUGAGGAGUCCCCAAAUUCUGCGGGCGGUACUCCAAAUCCGUUGAGAAGUAAAUCAUUUGACAUGCAUUCAGUUGUUGCCGCCACUGAAGAUCUUUUCCACUUCAUUCUCUCUAAGAAGGGUGAGAGGGUGCGUGUAUUCCUUGUUCGGGAUAUACUUGCUGCAGCUGAUGCUUUUCUUGAGGAUGAAGUUGUUGGUCGUAUGUUCAAUGAGAAGCCCGAAUCCAGAGGCUCAGUUGAGUCAGAGGCACACACCAUGGUCAUGAGGGUUGUAAAUGGGUUUCAGUAUCUCCGUCAAGCUAUAAAGUUGGCCCCGGAGGUGUGGACGGAAAUGCUUAUACGCAUGGCAGUUACGCCCGAGGUUCAUAAGUUUACAUUAGACAUCGUUUCGUCGCUAAUCAUUCAUUUUAACGGCAAAAUUCCAGAAACUACGUUUGUUUGUAUGUCUAGACUUAUGCACAAGAUGGAAAAAAACCGCAGCUCUUCCGAUUUUUGAGAUUAGGUAUGGUAGUCUUAUUCAAGUUUCGUCGAAUUUUAUUCUUUCCUGUUUCGUUACAGUUCCGAAAUUGUAUAUACUGUAAGGAGUACUUCACACUCGAAAUGAAAAGCGAAAUAGUUACCGAGCGGUAAAUUUUGUUAGUGA